AAUAGAGUCAUUCCAGAAGAGUUGACGUGAGCCACUACUGAUCACGCAGACUGGAGCUGCUGGAGUGCUAACUGGAUUAGAUAACGCGGAACCACAGUUUCAGUCUCAAUGGCUUCGUCUGAUGGAUCAGAUGUGGAGACUCAAAGCCUCCUGAACAGCGGUGACAGAACCCUCAGAAGCUGGAAAGACACAGUAUUCCCUGGAAUUUCAUGGGACAAGUCCAUUGUAUGGAUUACAGUUGCACAGAUCAUCAUGUAUAUUAUAUCAUGCGUGCUAUCGAGGAGCUACGAGCCGAACGAACGGACGCUCAUGCUCCUGGGUGCCGCUUACGCACCUGCUUUCAGCAAUUUUCAGCUCUGGAGAGUUGUUACCCCUCUGUUCCUACAUGCCACAAUUUUGCACUUAGUGCUUAACUUGGUAUUUAUCUUGCAUAUCAGCCUUCGUCUGGAGGAACGAUACGGGACAAAAAAGUUCCUGGUGACCUACUUUCUUUCCGCUAUUGUCGGAAACCUGCUGUCUAUGUUGAUGCAACCGUGGGCCUUAUCGGUGGGUGCUAGCACUGCAGGCUUCGGUAUCAUUGGUGGCAUGGCGGCAGAGGUCAGCGUGGUCUGGUGCAAGCUUUCCGAAGAACUGAAACGAAUCUAUUCUAUGGACAUUUGCAUUCUCGCUGUGUUGAUAUACUUUUUGUCGUUUGGGCGAACAGUGGAUACCUUUGGCCAUCUAGGAGGGUUCCUGGCUGGCGUAGCUUUGGUCUGCUACUAUAAUAAAGAAAUAGAGGACCUGCCGAAGUGGUUCCGUGUGUUGUUCUACGGAUGUUCCGCUCUCUGUGCCACGAUACUUGUUGUAUCACCCCCCCUUUUGCUCCUACGCUACCCAUACCGUGUAGCGGCUACCCCGUGACAUUUCUCGGAUGUCCGACUACCUCCCUUGGCCACUAACCGACUACCUGAACUACGCGCGUGAGCACUUCUG